AUGACCUCAUCCAGCUCAUCAAUCGAACACAAGCUCAUCUUGGUUCAAGAACCCACCAUCGGAGCUGCGUUCGAAGACAACCUUCUCGGACGUAUCGGCUUAGCCCCUCCGCUCGUCGUCGAACUACAGGUCAUCAAGGACGGUCAAGCAUCGGAUGCAUCAGCAGAACUUCCCUUUCUCAUCUGUCAAUGUUCGUUGCUCGAUGAACAGGGAUCUACCGCUGAUAUGGUGAAUCAAACCGCUGUCUCAGCCGCCGCCGCCGCUGCUGCUGCUACUGCUCAAAGCCCAUCCAAGCUGACAGUCCCCACGGGCUCAACGCGCGCACGAAGAGGCCGACGAUCAAGCUCAGGUCGACGGGGCUCCGCCUCCACCUCCGCCGUCUCCACCAGGUCAUCAGAAAGCACCGAUGCUUCCACCUCCGCAGGAGCCAUUUCAGACGAUAUACCAUCCUCCCACACCGCCACUCGCUCAGGUCAAGAAUCUCCUGCCAAACUAGCGCGUAUGCUGUACGGAACGCUUGUUGCGGGUCCACAACUGUACCUUGCUCCCCCUACCACCACUGCCUCCGCAUCAAGAGGGGAGCAAGGAGAGAAGCCAUACUUUUUCUUCCCCGAAAUUAGCAUUCGAACUCCGGGAAAGUUUAAGAUUGUCUGUCGACUCAUGCGACUCUCUCUACCAGGUAUGCAAGAGAGGGGUGUGAUGGAUGAUGGAGUUUUAGCGUCGGUGGAAACGCAAGUAUUUGAGGUGGUGAAGAGAGGGGAUUAUACAGCACCCUAUGUUACGGAUGUUUCGAGACAUUUUGCUAGACAAGGGGUGCCAUUGUUGUUGCCUCCUGGUGUUUCUUCUGACUAG